GGGUAUUUUUCUUUUAAAUAAGAAGUGAAGAGAAGUUUAUGUUUGUGUUUAUGUAUAUUAAGUUUUACAGCACACUGAAUAAAUAUACGAAGUUCUUUAACAUUGUGCUUGCAGCUUAUGAAAAAACUGCUUCUGUUUCCCUUUUCUCUACCUUCAACCCUUAAACUCCAAUCACUGUUUAACCUUCAACACUAUAAAUGGCUAUCCUCUUCUUUGCAAUUUCCAAAGGAACUCAAAUGGAACUCCAAAACCAACGUCAUAAUCACACACCCAACACUUGUUGUGAUGGAAUCAUGUUCUUCCAUGUAUCAACUAAGGCAGAUUCAAGCGCGCAUGACCCUUACUGGCUUAAUCACUCACACCUUCCCCCUUAGCAGGCUCCUAGCUUUCUGCGCCCUCGCCAAUGCCGGUGACCUCCGCUACGCCCACCGUCUUUUCUGCCGUAUUCUUGAGCCCAACACCUUUAUGUGGAACACCAUCAUUCGAGGCUAUAACAAGGCCCGAAUUCCCGCCAUGGCCUUCUCUUUCUUCCUCGAUAUGUUUCGACGCCGCGUUCCGUUCGACCCCAGAACCUUCGUCUUCACGCUCAAGGCCUGCGAACACUUUUCCAUGGCUCCACAGGGGGAGUCCGUGCACUCGCUUGCUCGGAAAACUGGGUUUGAUUCCGAGUUGCUCGUGCGGAAUGGGUUGGUUCAUUUUUACGCUGUUCGGGGUUGGUUGAACCACGCGCGCGGGGUGUUUGAUGAAAUGCCUGUUAAGGAUGUUGUUACUUGGACCACGAUGAUUGAUGGGUAUGCGGCGUGCAACUGUUCUGAUGUGGCAAUGGAGUUAUUUGGUUUGAUGUUGGAGGGUGAUGUUGAGCCCAAUGAGGUGACGCUGAUUGCGGUGCUUUCAGCUUGCUCACAUAAGGGUGACCUUGGUAUGGGGAAAAUGAUUCAUGAAAUUAUGGAGAAGAAGAAUGUGAGGUGGGGUUUGAGUUUACACAAUGCUUUGUUGGAUAUGUAUGUGAAAUGUGGAUGUUUGGUGGCUGCUAGGGAGGUUUUUGACAGAAUGGAAAGUAGGGAUGUUUUCUCUUGGACAAGCAUGGUCAAUGGGUAUGCUAAAUGUGGUGACUUGGAGUCUGCUAGGAGGUUCUUUGAGCAAACUCCUCAGAAAAACGUGGUAUGCUGGAGUGCGAUGAUUGCAGGAUAUUCUCAGAAUGACAAACCUAAGGAUUCAUUGAAAUUGUUUCAUGAAAUGCUUGGGGAAGGUUUUGUUCCGGGGGAGCACACUUUAGUGAGUGUGCUCUCUGCUUGUGGCCAACUAAGUUGCUUUAGUUUGGGCCAUUGGAUACAUCGGUAUUUUGUUGACCAAAUAAGAAUACCGAUGAGUGUUACUUUGAAAAAUGCAAUUAUAGAUAUGUAUGCCAAAUGUGGAAGCAUAGAUGCGGCUGCUGAAGUCUUCAGUGCAAUGUCGGAGAGAAACCUGGUUUCUUGGAAUUCUAUCAUUGCAGGCUAUGCUGCCAAUGGUCGAGCAAAACAAGCUAUUGAAGUUUUUGAUGAGAUGAGAUGUAUGGGCUUUAAACCGGAUGAUAUUACAUUUGUGAGUUUGUUGACAGCUUGCAGUCACGGUGGCUUAGUUUCUCAAGGUAAGGAAUACUUUGACAUCAUGGAAAGAAAAUAUGGGAUAAAACCAAAAAAGGAACAUUAUGCUUGCAUGAUUGAUCUACUAGGUAGAACUGGCUUCCUAGAAGAAGCUUACAAGUUAAUAAAAAGCAUGCCAAUGCUGCCUUGUGAGGCUUCUUGGGGUGCCCUUUUAAGUGCUUGUAGAAAGCACCACAAUGUUGAGCUGGCCACUUUGUCUGCUUCUAAUCUUCUAAGCUCGGAUCCAGAAGAUAGUGGUGUUUAUGUGCUUUUGGCAAAUAUUUGGGCUAAUGAGAGAAAAUGGGGUGAUGUGAGGAGGGUGCGAAGUUUGAUGAGAGACAAAGGUGUGAAGAAGAUUCCUGGUCAUAGUUUAAUAGAGAUAGAUGGCGAAUUCAAAGAGUUUUUGGUGGCAGAUGAAUCACACCCUCAAUCCGAGGAGAUCUACAGAGUACUGGAUGACAUACUUUUGUUAUCAAAAUUGGAAGAUUCGGGCUGUGACUGCGACUUAUAAUCUUCAGUCGGGACAAAUAUGUCUCUCCAUGAAACUCAAAACCUUUUCUUACUACAAAGUAAUUGUACUUGUAUUGCUAUCUUUAUGGUGGCUAGUUACCGCAGAUAAAUAUGUUAUUUGUUAUUACUUUCCUUAUUUCCUAAAAUAUUUAAUCAAAUUACUUAUAGUAAGAGUCUAAAAUUCUAUUUAAUCCUUUCUUUGUUCCAAGAA